GGCGUGGCGCUUGUCCUGGUGAAGGUGACGGCGGCAGUGCUGUUCCCUCAUUCCAGGCGUUGAGGCGGCUCCGAUCGGCGCCGGGAUGCUGUGCGGACGGCAGGUGGCAAAGAGCCUUCGGGCAUUACGGUUUUCAAGCCAAAGUUACUCAUCACAACAUGGUUUAAAUGAUGUAGUCAUUGUGAGUGCUGUCCGGACACCUAUAGGAUCUUUCCAAGGUUCCCUUUCCUCACUGCCAGCCACUGCACUUGGCUCCAUUGCCAUUAAAGGAGCAAUAGAAAAAGCAGGUAUCUCUUCACAAGAAGUGAAAGAAGUAUACCUAGGGAAUGUUGUCCAAGCUGGACAAGGACAAGCUCCUACAAGACAAGCGACCCUUGGUGCCGGCUUACCAGUUUCUACUCCUUGCACAACUGUCAACAAAGUUUGUGCUUCUGGAAUGAAAUCUAUUAUGAUGGCAGCCCAGAGUCUGAUGUGUGGGAGUCAGGAUGUGAUGGUGGCUGGUGGCAUGGAAAGCAUGUCUAAUGUUCCAUACACAAUGGGCAGAGGAGCAACACCUUAUGGAGGAGUAAAGCUUGAAGAUUUGAUUGUGAAAGAUGGUUUGACAGAUGUUUACAACAAAAUUCACAUGGGUAAUUGUGCUGAGAAUACUGCUAAGAAAUUUUCUAUAUCACGGGAAGAUCAAGAUGCUUAUGCUAUAAAGUCCUAUACCAAAAGCAAGGAAGGUUGGGACUCUGGAAUAUUUGCAAAGGAAAUUGUACCUGUUACUAUUUCUCAGAAAGGGAAACCAGACACAGAGGUUAAAGAAGAUGAGGAAUACAAGCGUGUUGACUUCAGUAAAGUUCCAAAAUUGAAGGCAGUUUUCCAAAAAGAAAACGGAACAGUAACAGCUGCCAAUGCUAGUACGCUGAAUGAUGGAGCAGCUGCUUUGGUGCUGAUGACUUCAGAAGCAGCCAAAAGACUAAAUGUGCAGCCAUUGGCUAGAAUAGUAGCUUUUGCAGAUGCUGCUGUUGAUCCUAUUGAUUUUCCCAUUGCACCGGCACAUGCUGUUCCUAAGAUACUUACUCAGACAGGACUCAAAAAGGAAGAUAUUAAAAUGUGGGAAAUCAAUGAAGCAUUCAGUGUUGUUGUCCUAGCUAACGUUAAAAUGCUAGACAUUGAUCCACAGAAGGUGAAUAUUCACGGAGGAGCAGUUUCUUUGGGACACCCUAUUGGGAUGUCUGGUGCAAGAAUUGUUGUUCACAUGGCUCAUGCACUGAAGCAAGGAGAACAUGGCCUUGCUGGAAUCUGCAAUGGUGGCGGUGGAGCAUCUGCAAUAUUGAUCCAAAAGUUAUAGGUUCUGAUCUCAAGCUCUAAGGUCCAAAUUAUUAAUAGCUGUUACAACUAUCUGUGGAAUUACAGCAUAGGCCAUUAACUUCAGUCUACCAUUGUUUAAAUGAAAUUAUGUCUUUUUAUUAUAGCAUGUUUUCAUGCAAAAUGGUUUUUAUAUCUUGGACUGUCAAACACCUUAAAUAUCACUCAAAGCUGCAGAUACCGUAACUGACUACUCUAGGUAUUUCUUAUCAUACUUUAUAUUGUCCUGUUCUAGUCCGUAAGUUGUAGGCAUUCUUUUCCUCUUCUCCCUUAGCCUCCCAGGAUGAGGGCAAUGGGUUAUGCUAUGUGUAUUUUUACCCAGAAAACAACUGCUUGGGUGGAGAUAGUAGAGAAGUAACCACUGGAUCAUGUUCCCACAGUUGGUAGAUAUAACCAAGGGCUACUGAAUAAAUAUUUACCAUACAGCAAUAAUGAAUUGGUUUCUUAUUCUGGUACAAGGAGGACUUAAACCAAUCACAACUUGUGUUAUUUAAGAGUCAAGCUUUUAAAAAUAAGCAUUCUGAGGCUAUAACUGGAAAUUUGAAAAACAGUCUUUUCCAACUCUUUCAGUAUUGCGGCUCUUCCGAAAGCUUACCAGCAUGUACUUGCUUAUAGUUGUAACUGAGAAACGUGUAAAGGAAAGCCUUUCAACUUGUAAUAGCAAAACCAUAUUCUAGAAAAACAAUUCCAGGUAGUUAGAUGGCAACUGAACUAUAAACAAGAGUUAAAAGAGGAGUUAAGGGCUUAUAUCCAUAGACCAGAGUUUCUCAACCUUGGCCACUUUAAGAUGUGUGGACUUCAACUCCCAGAAUGGCUGGCUGGGGAAUUCUGGGAGUUGAAACCCACACAUCUUAAAGUGGCCAAGGUUGAGAAACACUGCCAUAGACAGUUUCUGCACAGCACAGCCCCAGUCUGGUUUAUACAAGAUUGUCCAUGAAAAAAGCUCAGCGGUGAGCUGUUACAUAGCUACUUUGGUCAUUCGGUUAUCCAUCCUCAUAGCUGUUUCAGUCUAAGAAGUAUUAAGGAAGAUAGAAAAAGCAGGGAUUCAAUUUUAAACAGCUACAGUGAUAUUCUUUAGUUUAUCCAAACUUUGAUAGAGUUUUCCAGUGAAGGGAUUGCACUUCCCCCUAUAGCAUAAGGACAGGUAACUAUCUGUUGUGUGAUAUCUAAGCUGUAAGUGAUCUUUUAAAAUUAGGUUGAAGACAGCAUGCUGUCCACCGUGGUAUAUGAAACAGGGUCCUGAUACUGUUACUCUAAAACCUCUUGAGAAAUACUUUCAUGUGUGGAAGUACACAGAUUGAGUUCUUAAAUGGCUGGAUUGCUGCUUUUGAAUUCUUGUUAAUUCAUGUUUAAACAUCUGUUCUGGUAGAAGAGUGGUUAAUUAUAAGUACCUGAAUAUAAGGCAAAAGGAAACUUUGUUUUACAUUUACAAUAUCCUUGCGCAGUAUUAAUUGAAGGCAAAGUCAUUACUGCUGU